UAAGAUAUAUAGUAUAUAUAAAAAUAUGUGUGCAUGUGUGGGAAAUUGCCAUAGCUUAUUGAGUAGUUUACAUUUUGUGAUAUGGGCUUGCUUCUUUAUUUAGACACUGUACUAGUCCCCUUGAGUUUCUUCAUCACAGUGGGUUACCAUGCCUACCUUUUGCACUGCUUCAAGAUCAAACCCUCAACUACAACCUUUGGCAUCAACACCUUAAAACGGAGAGCUUGGUUUCUGCAGUUAAAAGAUGGCGACGACAAAAAAAGUAUGUUGGCGAUUCAAAGCUUGAGAAACACUCUAAUGGAGACCAUACUCACAGCCUCAAUAGCCAUUUUGGUGAUACUAUGUUUGGCGGCCCUACUAAACAAUGCUUUCAACGUUACUAAUCUCUUGGGCAUCCAUCCAAUUUUUGGAUCUCAAUCAAGUAAGAUCUACUCUUUGAAGUACGGAUCAUCGUCACUUUUUCUAUCAGCAAGCUUCUUGUUCGGGUCAAUGGCCAUUGGAUCUCUAAUUGAUGCCAAUUUUAUGGUGAACAAUGUUUCGUCUGAGUUCUCUAAUUCUUCUUUGAACGUUACGAACACAGUAUUCGAAAAAGGGUUUGUUUUGGCAUUGGUCAGCAAUCGGAUGCUUUGCAUUAGCUUUCCUUUCAUGCUAUGGAUGCUUGGUCCUCUACCUGUUUUGUUGUCUUCUAUGGCUCUUGUAUGGUGUCUUUAUCAGCUUGACUUUGUUGCAAAAUUUACAAACCAGGGUAAUAUUAAUAAUAAGCACUCCCUAAAACUAUAAUUAUUUUAUAUAUAAUACAUAUGCUCAUUUAUCUAAUUACUGUUUAAGUGCAUGUGAAAUCGAAGGAGUGUUUUUCAAUUAAA